CACUAGGUUCGUGUAGCAUUUUCCAUCCACCAUGGCAUUUUUCACCAGUCCUAUCCACCAGUCGUGUCGCCCGUCCGGAAAAUUAACUUGCCAUAGUUGUUGAGUCACUGAUCCAGAGAAGUGAAGCUUGAUCCCCAUGGCCCAUCAUAGCAUUCCGCCGGUGGAUCCCCGGAGCGGCUUCUGCAAGUCAAACUCCAUUUUCUAUAGCAAACGCAAGCCCUUGUCUUUACCUCCGAACCAGUCGCUCGACGUUAGCACCUUCAUAUCAUCUCGGGCCCACAACGGCAAGAUAGCCUUCGUCGACGCUUCCUCCGGCCGCCACCUCACCUUCUCCGACAUAUGGUCCGCCGUCGACUCUGUCGCCUCCUGCCUCUCCGACACCAGCAUAAGGAAAGGCGACGUCGUUCUCCUCCUGUCCCCGAACUCCAUCUUCUUCCCCAUUGUUUGCCUCGCCGUGAUGUCCCUCGGCGCCGUCAUCACCACCACCAAUCCGCUCAACACCACCCGCGAAAUCGCCAAGCAGAUAGCCGAUUCGAAGCCCGUACUCGCCUUUACCAUUCCCCAACUCGUCCCCAAACUCGCCGACUCGAACCUCCCGAUUAUACUCAUCGGCGAGCAUAACAAUUCCAGUUCUUCAGCCAAAAUUGUGAAUACGCUGGAGAAUAUGAUGAGGAAACAGCCGGCUCGGAUCCGGGUCAAGGAGCGGGUCAGCCAGGACGACACGGCGACUCUGCUCUACUCGUCCGGCACAACCGGGCCAAGUAAAGGCGUGGCGUCCUCGCAUCGGAACCUCAUCGCCAUGGUUCAGACUGUUUUGAGACAGUUCAAUCUAGAAGGUGGCGAGCAAACGCUCAUAUGCACGGUUCCGAUGUUUCACAUCUAUGGCUUACUAGAGUUCGUCACGGCGCUGCCGGCGUUGGGAGCGACGGUGGUGGUUCUGUCCAAAUUCGAGCUUGACGAGAUGUUGUCGGCGAUCGAAAAGUACAGAGCAAGUUACCUCCCAUUGGUGCCGCCGAUACUGAUAGCGAUGGUGAACAAAGCCGAUCAGAUAAAAAAGAAAUACGGUUUGGGGAGUUUAAGGACGGUUAUGUCGGGCGGCGCGCCGCUGAGCAAGGAGGUGAUAGAGGGGUUCUUGGAGGCGUACCCGGCGGUGGCGAUUCUUCAGGGGUACGGCCUAACGGAAUCGACGGGGGUGGGGGCGUCGACGGAAUCGCUGGAGGAGAGCCGGCGGUACGGCACGGCGGGGAUGCUGUCGCCGAGCAUGGAGGCGAGGAUUGUGGAUCCGGAGAACGGAGAGGCCCUGCAGGUCAACCGGACUGGCGAGCUCUGGCUCAGAGGACCCAUUAUUAUGAAAGCAGGUUAUUUCAGCAAUGCCGAAGCAACAGCCUCGACUUUAAAUUCGGAUGGAUGGUUGAGAACAGGAGACUUGUGCUACAUCGAUGAGGAUGGCUUCAUCUUUAUAGUUGACAGGUUGAAAGAGCUGAUCAAAUACAAAGGAUAUCAGGUUCCCCCGGCAGAACUGGAAGCUCUGCUGCUUGCUCACCCCGGCAUUGCUGAUGCUGCUGUGAUACCGUUUCCCGACAAGGAGGUCGGGCAGUUUCCGAUGGCUUAUGUGGUAAGGAAAACUGGGAGCGACUUGUCAGAGAGCGCUGUCAUGGAAUUUGUCGCCAAACAGGUUGCUCCUUAUAAGAGAGUCAGGCGAGUGGCUUUUGUGGAUUCCAUUCCAAAGAAUCCUUCGGGCAAGAUACUGAGGAAGGACCUGAUAAAACUGGCAACAUCCAGGCUGUAGCAAAUGUCGAAAUUCUCUGUUUUCGUUUGAUGAAGCUUCAGUUUGGGUGGAUGGCCAGAUCUCUUAAGAGUCUUGAGUACGGUGGUGUAUUGAUAUGAUUUUUGAGUUCUUGUUUUAUUGGAAUGAAAUAUUAUGUAAUUGAAUACAGGCAAUCUUGCAGCUUCUUGUGAUUUUAGUUUUCUGGGUACA